AUGGACGUAGACGUGGACGUGGACGUGGACAUGGGACGUGGACGUGGACAUGGACGUGGAGGUAGACGUGGAAUGGACGUGGACGUGGACGUGGACAUGGACGUGGACGUGGACGUGGACAUGGAAGUGGACAUAGACGUGGACAUGGACGUGGACGUGGACAUGGACGUGGACGUGGACAUGGACGUGGACGUGGACGUGGACGUGGACAUGGACGUGGACGUGGACGUGGACGUGGACGUGGACAUGGACAUGGACAUGGACGUGGACGUGGACGUGGACGUGGACGUUAGGGACGUGGACGUGGACGUGGACGUGGACGUGGACAUGGACGUGGACAUGGACGUGGACAUGGACAUGGACGUGGACGUGGACGUGGACGUGGACGUAGAAAUGAACGUGGACGUGGACGUGGACGACGUGGACGUGGACGUGGACCUGGACAUGGACGUGGACGUGGACGUGGACGUGGACAUGGACGUGGACGUGGACAUGGACAUGGACGUGGACGUGGACAUGGACAUGGACGUGGACGUGGACGUGGACCUGGACGUGGACGUGGACGUGGACAUGGACGUGGACAUGGACGUGGACGUGGACCUGGACGUAGACCUGGACGUAGACGUGGACCUGGACGUGGACCUGGACGUGGACGUGGACGUGGACUUGGACUGUGGACACGUGGACGUGGACGUGGACGUGGACGUGGACGUGGACGUGGACAUGGACGUGGACGUGGACGUGGACGUGGACGUGGACAUGACGACAUGGACUGUGGACAUGGACGUGGACGUGGACGUGGACGUGGACAUGGACGUGGACGUGGACGUAGAAAUGGACGCGGACGUAGACGUGGACAUGAACAUGGACGUAGACGUGGUCGUGGACGUGGACGUGGACGUGGACAUGGACAUGGACAUGGACAUGGACGUGGACGUGGCACGUGGACGUGGACAAGACGUGGACGUGGACGUCGACGUGGACGUGGACGUAGACGUGGACGUGGACGUGGACGUGGACGUAGACAUGGACGUGGACAUGGACGUGGACUUGGACGUGGACACGUGGACCGUGGACGUGUACGUGGACGUGGACAUGGACGUGGACGUGGACGUGGACGUGGACGUGGACAUGGACGUGGACAUGGACGUGGACGUGGACAUGGACGUGGACGUGGACGUGGACGUCGACAUGGACGUGGACGUAGACGUGGACGUGGACGUGGACGUGGACGUAGACGUGGACGUAGACGUGGACGUGGACAUGGACGUGGACAUGGACGUGGACGUAGACGUGGACGUGGACAUGGACGUGGACGUGGACAUGGACGUAGACGUGGACGUGGACAUGGACAUGGACGUGGACAUGGACAUGGACCUGGACGUGGACGUGGACGUGGACGUGGACAUGGACGUGGACGUGGAUGUGGACGUAGAGAUGGACGUGGACGUGGACGUGGACAUGGACGUGGACGUAGACGUCAGGGACGUAGACGUGGACGUGGACGUACUGGACGUGGACGUGGACGUGGACGUGGACGUGGACGUAGACGUGGACGUGGACGUGGACGUGGACGUAGACGUGGACCACGUGGACUUGGACAUGGACGUGGACUUGGACGUGGACGUGGACGUGGACGUAGACGUGGACGUGGACGUAGACGUGGACGUGGACGUGGACGUAGACAUGGACGUGGACAUGGACGUGGACUUGGACGUGGACGUGGACAUGGACGUGGACGUGGACGUAGACGUGGACGUGGACGUGGACAUGGACGUGGACGUGGACGUGGACGUGGACGUGGACAUGGACGUGGACGUGGACGUGGACGUGGACGUGGACGUGGACGUGGACCUUGACGUGGACGUGGACAUGGACGUGGACGUGGACAUGGACGUGGACGUGGACAUGGACGUGGACAUGGACGUGGACGUGGACGUGGACGUGGACGUAGAAAUGGACGUGGACGUGGACAUGGACGUGGACGUGGACGUAGACGUGGACGUGGACGUGGACAUGGACGUGGACAUGGACGUGGACAUGGACGUGAAUGUGGACAUGGACGUGGACGUGGACAUGGACGUGGACAUGGACAUGGACGUGGACAUGGACGUGGACAUGGACAUGGACGUGGACAUGGACAUGGACGUGGACGUGGACGUGGACGUGGACGAAGACGUGGACGUGGACGUGGACGUGGACGUGGACGUAGAAAUGGACGUGGACGUGGACGUGGACAUGGACGUGGACGUGGACAUGGACGUGGACAUGGACGUGGACAUGGACAUAGACGUGGACAUGGACAUGGACGUGGACAUAGACAUGGACAUGGACGUGGACGUGGACGUGGACGUGGACGUGGACAUGGACGUGGACAUGGACGUGGACAUGGACGUGGACAUGGACGUGGGCGUGGACAUGGACGUGGACGUAGACGUGGACGUGGACGUGGACGUGGACGUGGACGUGGACGUGGACAUGGACGUGGACGUGGACGUGGACGUGGACGUAGAAAUGGACGUAGACGUGGACAUGGACGUGGACGUGGACGUGGACGUGGACGUGGACGUGGACGUGGACGUGGACAUGGACGAGGACGUGGACGUGGACGUGGACGUGGACGCGGACGUGGACGUGGACAUGGACGUGGACGUGGACGUGGACGUGGACGUGGACAUGGACGUGGACGUGGACGUGGACAUGGACGUGGACGUGGACAUGGACGUGGACAUGGACGUGGACGUGGACGUGGACGUGGACGUGGACGUGGACAUGGACGUGGACGUGGACGUGGACGUGGACGUGGACGUGGACGUGGACGUGGACGUAGACGUGGACGUGGACGUGGACGUGGACGUGGACAUGGACGUGGACAUGGACGUGGACUUGGACGUGGACGUGGACAUGGACGUGGACGUGGACAUGGACGUAGACGUGGACGUGGACAUGGACAUGGACGUGGACAUGGACGUGGACGUGGACAUGGACAUGGACGUGGACAUGGACAUGGACGUGGACAUGGACGUGGACGUGGACGUGGACAUGGACGUGGACGUGGACAUGGACCUGGAUGUGGACAUGGACGUAGACGUGGACGUGGACGUGGACGUGGACGUGGACGUGGACGUGGACAUGGACGUGGACGUGGACGUGGACGUAGAGAUGGACGUGGUUGUGGACGUGGACAUGGACGUGGACGUAGACGUGGACAUGGACGUGGACGUAGACGUGGACGUAGACGUGGACGUAGACGUGGACGUGGACGUGGACGUGGACGGGGACAUGGACGUGGACGUGGACGUGGACGUGGACAUGGACGUGGACGUGGACGUGGACAUGGACGUGGACGUGGACGUGGACGUGGACGUGGACAUGGACAUGGACUUGGACGUGGACGUGGACGUGGACAUGGACGUGGACGUGGACGUGGACGUGGAUGUAGACGUGGACGUGGACGUGGACGUGGACGUAGACAUGGACGUGGACAUGGACGUGGACUUGGACGUGGACAUGGACGUGGACAUGGACGUGGACGUAGACGUGGACGUGGACGUGGACGUGGACGUGGACGUGGACGUGGACGUGGACGUGGACGUGGACAUGGACGUAGACAUGGACGUGGACGUGGACGUGGAGGUGGACGUGGAGGUGGACGUGGACGUGGACGUGGACGUGGACGUGGACGUGGAGGUGGACAUGGACGUGGACGUGGACGUGGACGUGGACAUGGACGUGGACGUGGACGUGGACGUGGACGUGGACGUGGACGUAGAAAUGGACGUGGACGUGGACGUGGACGUAGAACUGGACGUGGACGUGGACGUGGACGUGGACGUGCACAUGGACGUGGACGUGGACGUGGACGUGGACGUGGACAUGGACGUGGACGUGGACGUGGACGUGGACGUGGACGUGGACGUGGACAUGGACGUAGACGUGGACGUAGAAAUGGACAUGGACGUAGACGUGGACAUGGACAUGGACGUGGACGUGGACGUGGACGUGGACGUGGACGUGGACAUGGACGUGGACCUGGACAUGGACAUGGACGUGGACGUGGACGUGGACGUGGACGUGGACGUGGACAUGGACGUGGACGUGGACGUAGACGUGGACGUGGACGUGGACGUGUACAUGGACGUGGACGUGGACGUGGACGUGGACGUGGACAUGGACGUGGACGUAGAAAUGGACGUGGACGUAGACGUGGACGUGGACGUGGACGUGGACGUGGACGUGGACGUGGACGUGGACGUGGACAUGGACGUGGACGUGGACGUGGACGUGGACAUGGACGUGGACGUGGACGUGGACGUGGACUUGGACGUGGACGUGGACGUGGACAUGGACGUGGACAUGGACGUGGACUUGGACGUGGACGUGGACGUGGACGUGGACGUAGACGUGGACGUGGACGUGGACGUGGACGUGGACGUGGACGUGGACGUGGACGUGGACGUGGACGAGGACGUGGACGAGGACGUGGAGGAGGACGUGGGACGUGGACCGUGGACGUGGACGUGGACGUGGACGUGGACGUGGACGUGGACGUGGACGUGGACAUGGACGUGGACGUGGACGUGGACGUGGACGUGGACAUGGACGUGGACAUGGACGUGGACGUGGACGUGGACGUGGACGUUGGACGUGGACGUGGACGUGGACGUGGACAUGGACGUGGACAUGGACAUGGACGUGGACGUGGACGUGGACGUGGACAUGGACGUGGACGUGGACAUGGACAUGGACGUGGACGUGGACAUGGACAUGGACGUGGACGUGGACGUGGACGUGGACGUGGACGUGGACGUGGACGUGGACAUGGACGUGGACAUGGACGUGGACGUGGACCUGGACGUAGACCUGGACGUAGACGUGGACCUGGACGUGGACCUGGACGUGGACGUGGACGUGGACUUGGACGUGGACGUGGACGUGGACAUGGACGUGGACGUGCACAUGGACGUGGACGUGGACAUGGACGUAGACAUGGACGUGGGCGUGGACGUGGACAUGGACGUGGACGUAGACGUGGACGUGGACGUGGACGUGGACGUGGACGUGGACGUGGACAUGGACGUGGACGUGGACGUGGACGUGGACGUGGACAUGGACGUGGACGUGGACGUGGACGUGGACGUGGACAUGGACAUGGACGUGGACGUGGACGUGGACGUGGACAUGGACGUGGACGUGGACGUGGACGUGGACGUGGACGUGGACAUGGACGUAGAUGUGGACAUGGACAUGGACGUAGACGUGGACGUGGACGUGGACGAGGACAUGGACGUGGACAUGGACGUGGACGUGGACGUGGACGUGGACAUGGACGUGGACGUGGACGUAGAAAUGGACGUGGACGUAGACGUGGACAUGAACAUGGACGUAGACGUGGUCGUGGACGUGGACGUGGACGUGGACAUGGACAUGGACAUGGACAUGGACAUGACGUGGACGUGGACGUGGACGUGGACAUGGACGUGGACGUGGACGUCGACGUGGACGUGGACGUAG